GGCCACCCAUUUGACCGUUUAAAUGUUUACGAUCGUCUGAAACAACUUCCAUACCUCACGAAAACAUAUUUAAACAGAUGGAAAAAACUAUCGCAGAACACAGUGUCACGUAGCAACUGGUCUUUACGGUCGUUUGAAUCAACAGGUCAGUUUGGGGUACAAAGCAGGGUUCAGUUUUUACUGACUUCCCAUCUGACAGUUUAAAUGUUUAUGAUCGUCUGAAACAACAGGUCAGUUUGGGGUACAAAGGAGGGUUCAGUUUUUAUGGGAGCUUGAGAAUUUCGUAUGAAUAGCAACUGGCCACCCAUUUGACCGUUUAAAUGUUUACGAUUGUCUGAAACAACUUCCAUACCUCACGAAAACAUAUUUAAACAGAUGGAGAACUAGAGCAGAACACAGUGUAACCGCGAUUUGCAAAAUGAAAGGUAAUUUCUUUUUUUUUUUUUUCAUUCCUUGUAACACGUCUGUUUAAUGUUACUAUAAUAAGUAUUUAUUCGAACUAAAAACAGUCGAACAUCGAGUUGAAAUUCACCCACCACCAAGGGAUCUCCUAACAGAGUCUCCAAUCCUUUUGUGUAAGUACCGAUUUUUUUUUUUUUUUACUGUAUUCAUUUCAUUACCUCCGUUUUUACCACAUUAUUAGACAAUGGUUUAACUCCGUUUAAGCAUUUAAACGUUAAAAGCAUUGCACGUGUACGACGAUGUAAUACCUUUUUUUUUUAACAGCCGAUGACGACGAAGUGAAAGACGAAGAACUUUGUUUGAUCGAUCUUACAAAGUUGGAAGAUGAUUAUCGAGAGGAUUCGCCGGAAGAGACCAACGCGAUCCCUUUAACCCAAUCGCAGUCUGAUUUUCCGUUUACAUCUCUUGCUCACUGGUCUCCCUUAACGCUGGAGGGUCCGUCAACGGCCGUUCCAGGCAGAGGAGAAGGCUUGAUUGCGCCAAAGACUCCAGACAUCGAAUCCUUGCUCCGUGGGGAAAUCAUCGAAAACGACGGUGAAUGUCCAACAGGCACCCGCUGCAACAAACGCAGGAGGAAGCGUAGAUGCGCCCGCCAGCUCGACAAACAUGAUAGAAACAGAAGAAGGCUGAAACAGUACUAUCGUAUACUGGCUCGCACUCUCAUGAAGAUGGCAGACAUGAUUUGAUACAUACUGGUUUGUUAUAUCUGUUCCAUUCGAAUUAUUUUUUCUUUUUUUUCUUUAGAGAAAUAUAAUGGGUGUAGUUCCAUCUGAAUUAGAUGUAGUUAUUGAAGAAGAUGAAGACGUUUGUAAUCAUCAUUUAGAUCCAAACAACCAGAUAGAAUGGGAACCAAACAAUGAUCCGUCUUUGCAAGAUGAUAUUAAUGUGUUAAAUUCAAACACAAACACACAAGCCUCUACACAGCAUCACGAGGUGUUGGGAGGGGCGACACCCUCGGGGGAAUGUUUGGAUUUUUCGGAGGUGGUGGGGGUCAUGCAGAACCAACCGUCAACGGCUGACCAAUCAAUUUCAAAUGAGACCCAGAGGGGUGAUGGGGUAAAUGUCUUGAGGAGGGAAACAUUCAACAAUAUACAACUAUCCAGCGUUUUAACUUUUCCUCAAAACAACGAUGUAACAGAUUACGCCACAUUUUACCGCGGAGUCUUGGGGAGCCUUAAAAAGCUGACACAGAUGGUAACUAAGGAAGCUAGACCCGGCGAUAUCAUUCAAUUGGAGUUAUCCGGUGAAAGUGCAAAUCAACACACUUCAUUUACAUUUCGAAACGAUGCCGGGGCUGUGAUGAAUGCUUUUCAAGAUGUGUUAGAUCUGUUGGUACAAUCAAACGUUGAAAUAUUGAACGAUGAAGAAAUACAGGUGAUGGUCCAGGUGAUACAUAACCCUCGAGGUGGUGUAAGAAGAAAAAUCGAAACCCUUUUGGAACAUGAAAUCCACAGAAAAAAAGCUCGUUAUCUUUACAAUCCAUUAAACUCGAAUAAUCAACUAUGUUUUGCCAUUAGCCUAGCAAGUCUGUUACAUCCUGAAUUUACAGAUAGCCAGGCUGUGGCGGAGGCUGAAAAAAUACAGAGAAAAGCGGGCUUAGACGAACAGACUUCCGUCACUUUCAGUCAUAUUCGUGAAUUUGAAAAAGUGGUACGUCGUAAAAUUGUCAUACUGUACAGAGAAGAGGGCCAACGACCCCUCUCACGGUUCGAGACGGAUUACCCAAAAUCAGAAAAUCCGUUGUAUCUGUAUUUAUCUCAGAAUCAUUACAGCGGUAUCAUUAACAUUAAAGGUUUUUUGUCAAAACCGCACGUUUGUCACUACUGUUACCAAGGGUACGACAAACCCGACAGACACAAAUGCGACGGCUAUUGCUUGGUCUGUACACAAAACGGGUGUGUAAAAAUAGAGGGGAAAACUGUGCUUUGCAGGGAUUGCAACAUGUGGUGUCGUUCUCCUGCAUGUCUCCUCAGACACAGGGUAAAACACCGGGUUAUGGAAAAACUCGUCAGCAACUGCGAUCGGCGAAAGAAAUGCCUUAAAUGCAACCUAUUUUACGAUGUACCUGUGGCUACAGGUAUCGCUAAACACACGUGCCCUAAGUUAAAAUGUCAAAUAUGUAAAGAAGAGCUACCUCGCAGUGACUCAGAGACACCUGAAACACGACAUCUUUGCUAUAUACAACCCCAACCACGUGAAGUAAACCACAAUGAUAAUAUCAUAUUCUAUGAUUUUGAGACGUUUGUCGAUGACAAUCACACUCACAUUCCCUUUCUAGUCUGUACCAAGACGCUGCAAGGAGAAGAGUGGUGUGCUUUUGGACUGGAUUGUGUUACAGUUUUCCUCAAUCAUUUCAGGAAACCUCGUUAUCUUAAAUCUACAUUUAUAGCCCACAAUUCGAGAGGAUUUGACGGUUACUUGAUUCUGAGAGGCAUGGUACGGCUGGGUAUAGCACCCUUAAUUAUCAUGCAGGGGAGUAAAGUUCUCUGUUUUAAAGACCCUGAUUUUUUGCAAAAAUACAUUGACUCGCUUUCCUUCCUUACCAUGCCGCUUAGCGCUAUGCCAAAAGCGUUAGGACUCGGUGAUUGCUGGUCCAAGGGGUAUUUUCCUCACAAAUUUAGUUCGGAGGAACAUUUAAAUUAUGUCGGAAAAUACCCCGCAAUCAGCAAUUACGGUGUAGAACGCAUGACACCUGUUGAACGCACCAAGUUUGAGACGUGGUAUCAAAAUGAGAAAAGCGAGGUCUUUGAUUUUCAAAAACAAGCGGUACACUACUGUAAAAACGACGUCAAUGUUCUUCGUGAGGGUUGCAUCAAAUUUAGAGCCGAGUUUACGAGCGAGACGGGUGUUGACCCCUUCUCCCGUAUCACCAUAGCCUCGGCCUGCAUGAAGGUGUUUGUGACUAAUUUCCUCGAGCCGCGUUCUCUAGCCAUACCUUCCCCGGAUAACUACCGAGGGUUGUGUAAAAAAUACUCACACACCAGCAUCCAAUGGUUAGAAUGGGAGUCGCAUCGUCGUGGUAUUUUCAUUCAGCAUGCUUUAAACAAAGGCGAAAAACAGAUGGGGGCAUACUUUGUGGAUGGGUUUGCUAUAAUCGGUGGCAAACCAUUCGUCUGGGAAUUUCAGGGGUGUUUUUAUCACGGAUGCCCGACGUGUUUCGAACCCGGUGCUGUAUGCCCUUUGACAAACACACCGUUCGAGGAGUUGCACAAGGCUACCGAGAAAAAAAUGAAAGCGUUAAAGCGUGACCACAAGGUCAACAUCAUCGUCAUCAGAGAGCACGAGUGGAAUGAAAUGAAAAAAUCAAAUCCUAGGGUAAUAGACUUUCUCAAAACACGCAAUUACCCCGCACCUCUCAUGCCUCGAGACGCUCUUUAUGGAGGUAGGACAAGCGCCUUUUGCUUGAGGCACACGGCGGGUGAGAACCAGCGUGUAUUGUAUGAGGAUGUCACCUCUCUCUACCCGUACGUCAACAGCGCAUUUCCUUACCCCCUGGGUCAUCCUGUCAUCAUCCACACGGAUUUUGACGAUGUUGGAAACUAUUUCGGUCUGGUCAGAGCCGUUGUUCACCCUCCUCGAGGUCUCUAUUUCCCUGUGCUACCCUACAGAACGGUCAAGGGUAAACUAGUGUUUACACUUUGCCGCACAUGCGCAGAAAACAAUAACCAGCAGGAACCCUGCGAACAUGAUGAGGAAGGAAGGGCAUUGACGGGAGUCUGGGUCACGCUCGAAUUCAACAAAGCUUUACAGUUGGGAUACAGAGUCGGUAAGAUUACGGAGGUGUGGCACUUUGAAGAACGGAGCGAAACCGUUUUUACGGGUUAUGUUCAAACUUUCCUAAAGGGUAAGCAAGAAGCUUCAGGGUAUCCCAAAGAAGCCGUCGAUGCAGAAAGCAGGGAAAAGUACAUUCGUGAAUAUCGUGAAAAUCAGGGAAUACAGCUGGAUGCUGAAAAAAUCGAACCCAACCCUGCCAAGAGACAAAUGUCAAAACUCUGUUUAAACAGCCUUUGGGGAAAGUUUGCGGAGAGGUGCAAUAGAACUCAGACCACCUUGGUGAGAAAAAGUGAAGUAUUUUUCGACUUUGUAUUUUCAGGAAAAUAUCAGGUUGAAUAUUUUUCCUUUCUCAACGAGCAAAUUGCUAUGGUGCAAUGGCAAUACAGUAAAAACAGCGUGGUGCUUCCCGGUAACACAAAUAAUGUAUUUGUCGCUGCUUUUACCACCGCUUACGCACGUUUGAAAAUGUACGGUUACCUAGAGGGGUUGCAAGAGAGAGUUCUUUACACAGACACCGAUAGUUUAAUCUACACGGUAAACGAGGGGGAAGUUUCUCUGGAGACGGGGUCCUAUCUAGGCGAUUUGACGGAUGAGUUGGGAGGAGACAGCAUUCACGAAUUCGUCUCCGCCGGUCCAAAGAGUUAUGCCUACCAAACCCUGCAGGGUAAAAAAACUGUGCUGCGUGCCAAAGGAAUCACUCAAACCCGCGAGUGUUGUGAGAGGGUCAACUUUGACAGCGUUAAAGAUUUGGUGGAGGGCUAUCUGGAGGAAGACAAAACAGGUGCGAUCUACACCCCUCAUCACCAAAUUGUUCGUGAUAAAAGGGGGUUCCUUUUAAAUAACUCGUCUUUCGAAAAAAAGUUUCGAGUGGUGUAUGACAAAAGACGUCUCUUUCCCGACGGGAAAACUUUACCUUUCGGGUAUUAGAGAGGAAAUGGAAAAAAUGGAACGAGUAGACUUUGAUCCCAGAUUUCAUACACCUUUUUCAUGCCUGGUUGUAGGACCUAGUGGUUGCGGAAAGACUUUUUUUGUAAAAUGUGUAUUGGAAAAUUGUGAACACGUCAUGAAUUCUGUACCCGACAACAUUGU